AUGUUCACAUCUGCUCGGCGCUGGCUGCGCAACAAUCGUACGCCCAUUGCUGUCGGCGUGGGCGUCAUCGGUGCCGGUUACGUCGCGACGCAAUAUGUCAUCGCAAAGCUUAAUGAUGCCCGCGAGCGCAUGAGCAGCGACCGCAUCGCCAAGGAGAAUCUGCGACGUCGCUUCGAACAGAAUCAGGAGGACUGCACAUUCACCGUCCUGGCUCUCCUGCCCUCCGCCACGACUGCCAUUCUCGAAGCCAUGAACACGGAGCAGAUCACAUUUGAGAUCCAGCAGAUGAAAGCCACCAAGGCUAUAAAGAACGGUGGCCCCGAAUCUGCACCCCCGCCCAGCAUCGCAGAUACUACAUUGACAGAGGACGAUGGGAAGAGCAUGGCUGGCCAAAGCGAGAGCGGUGCACAGUCCAGCCAGGCCCCUACAUCUUCGCCAUUCAACGCCUGCGGCGAAGCGAACAAGGAAGCACCGAAGCCUCGCAAGACGAAGCGACAACUAUGGGAUGACGUGACCAUCAGCGGCGAGUAA